AUGAAGGUUUCCCAGAUCCUCGCCAUCGUGGCAUUUGUCACCAGCGUUGCCGCUGCUCCAGUUUCAGUCGAAGCAAGAGAUGUUUUGCAAGCUCGAGAGCCAACCAAGCUUAAGGUUGACCGCAACGCCGAGCCAGAGCCCACCAAGCUCAAGGUCGACAGAAAUGCCGAAGCUGAGCCAACAAAGCUUAAGGUUGACCGUCGUACCAAGCUUAAGGUAGACAGAAACGCUGAGCCAGAACCUACAAAACUCAAGGUCGACAGAAACGCUGAAGCCGAACCAACAAAACUUAAGGUUGACCGUCGUACCAAACUCAAGGUCGAUCGCAAUGCUGAGGCAGAGCCCACCAAACUCAAGGUCGAUCGCAAUGCUGAGGCAGAGCCCACCAAACUCAAGGUCGAUCGUAAUGCUGAGGCAGAACCCACCAAACUCAAGGUCGAUCGCAAUGCUGAGGCAGAGCCCACAAAGCUCAAGGUCGAUCGCAAUGCUGAGGCAGAACCCACCAAACUCAAGGUCGAUCGUAAUGCUGAGGCAGAACCCACCAAACUCAAGGUCGAUCGCAAUGCUGAGGCAGAGCCCACAAAGCUCAAGGUCGAUCGCAAUGCUGAGGCAGAGCCCACAAAGCUCAAGGUUGACCGCAACGCUGAGGCAGAGCCCACAAAGCUCAAGGUGGAUUAG